UUUAAAUGGCGGAAGGCUUCUCUGUUCGUUGCUAAGCAAUAACAACUAACUUAAACGCUUUAAAUAAACAUGACCACCACUAUUGCACCAAAAGACGGAUUGUCAAUAAGUCAGACGUGUGUCAUUCAGAAUCAGACCCGGAAAUCAACGGAGAAUUUUAACGCAACAACAGAAGUGGGCGGAGGAGCAAGAGUUGUGUACGAUGACGAUGAUGACAACGGUCAAGAUGAUGACGAUGAUGACAGCAGCGACGAUGGUGAGAAGGAGGAGUCACUGACAGCCAUUCUGUUCCCUUUGCCCCUGAAGUUCAAGCUGCCGUCGCCCCCAACAUCGUCAUCGUCAGCAUCGUUGAUAACGACCCUGUCCUCAUCGUCGACCCUCGCGAUAUCGCCGCCACCGCCGCCGCCGCCCGCCGCCGCCGCCGCCGCCGCCGUCAUCGCCGCAAGAGUCCCCACCGUCGCCGUCAUCACCGCUGGAAUUGCCGCCGACGUCGCCGACGCCGUGUACGUCAACAUGUCAGUACCAUGCUAGUGGUACGUCGUCACCACCGUCCUGCACUUGCGUAGUCUUCCCAUCGUCGUCAUCAUCGUCGUCAUCGUUGUCGUCAUCGUCAUCAUCGUUAUCGUUGGUAGGAGCGGCAGCAGCGUCAUCACGACGUCGACGUCGACGAAA